ACGUGUAAAAGUUGUAAUUUAUUGUAAAACAUAAUCCAUUAUUUGGUGAAAUUGUGAUAUUUUUUUGUCAUUAAUUGAACUUUUCAAAACAUGAUCAACUUUUUUAUCCAAUUUUAUCAUUCUUGCAAGCAAACUGUGUUAAAGUGUGUUAUUUAGUUUAGAAAAAACACAAUUCUCCGGUAAACUGGUCAAUCAGGAUCAAUGGAGGCCGUUGUUGUUGCUGUGAUUCUCGUUUGGGACUUGAGAAGUUGAAAAUUUGUCAGAAGUUUGUUUAGCUUGUUAUAAGCAACAAAGGCAGAAGGAAGAGAUGAAUUUAACGAACAGUCUUUUCUUGUAUGCUUUUCUUCCAUUAUUUAUGUUUACUGUUUAUUUUUACUCAAUCGUUGAUAGAUAACCUUGUCUAACCCUUUACCUUAAAUUGGUAACCAUCAACUUGUUCAUCUUUUCCUCACAUCUCUAAACACUUUACAUCAAUUUCACCUGACCAUAUGUUUUUUGCACCUUAAUUUUUGUUUUACCUGUUCACCAUCCAUCUUCAUGGUAACAUGACUUUCUUGUGUUUUAUUUGUACAUUGUAACAAAAUUUCGUCUUCAAGUUGAUCAAGCUUUCUCUUUAUUUAAAAGAUAAAGAUAGUUGUUUACCUCUUUUCUUGGCUUAAUCAUCUAUUGUUUGGUUAUGAUCAUAAUUUGCCAUUUUGUUCACCAUAUUUUGCUGUUUCAAACUUGGUACACUUUUGGGCUUGGUUAAUUUAUUUUAAUCAACAUAUCUUAUCAUCUUGUGUUGUGUUAAAAAUGUUUCCACCAUGUUUUGGAGAUUGAAUCAUUUUAUUGUGAUGCUGAUUUCAGUGCCAAUGAAAAGUCAUCAUUCUCAUCAGACCUUGAUCGAGGAUUAUCUUGAAAUUAUCAAGUGAAUUGACUCUCACUUUCCCUCUCUAUUUUUUUUGUUGUUAUUCCUCUUAUUUAUUACAUACACAGUGUUUUUUAAGCACUCAACUCUUUAUUUCUUCACUUGAUUGCUUUCUUUUUUUGUUUCGUUUAAAUUUCCACCUUAACCCAGUAUUUAUGUUAUAAAUUGUUUGUUUAAUUUUCAUCGCUCUUGUGGUUCAUAAAGUGUGUACAAGUGAUCAAGAAACUGCCAGAAAAUCAGAUAAUAAUUAAACAUGGCAACUGCUCCAGGACUUUCAAAAGUUUUCAUUAUUGACAAAUAUUUUACUGAGCUUCAAAAAUAUUGGGAAACUGAAAAGAAAAUGAAAGGACGCAAAGUUAAAGAAAUGGGAAGAUUUACAAACCCUACAACUGGAGAUGAAAAACCGAGUGAAUCAAGUUCAAGUGAGGUUUACGAUCUUAUUCAUCUUCAAGGUCCACUUACAGAAGAUUCAAUUGUCCGAGCUUUGGAUGCAAGAUUUCAUAUUCAUGAGUGUUUAACAAACAUUGGAUUAUUGGUUUUAGCUAUGAAUGGUUAUGAACGCAAGGGUAAUCCAGUUACCUUAGCAAGUUGCCACCAUGAUGCUCCAAAAUAUCCCCAAUUAUUGCGAAUUGCUCAAGAUGCAGUUAGACAACAAAGUGAGACAGGUUAUCCUCAAGCAAUUAUACUCAGUGGUGAAAGUGGAAGUGGAAAAACUUACUGCUGCAUGCUUCUUUUACGCCACCUUUUUGAUGCUGCUGGAGGAGGACCAGAAACUGAUUCAUUCAAACAUUUAUCAGCAGCCUUUACUGUCCUUAAAUCUCUAGGAUCAGCCAAGACUGUUACAAAUGCAGAAUCUAGUCGAAUCGGUCAAUUUAUUGAAGUGCAAAUUACUGAUGGAGCCUUAUAUCGAACUAAAAUUCACUGUUAUUAUCUCGAUCAGACUCGAGUUUUAAAACAAUAUCCAAAUGAGAAAAAUUAUCACAUCUUUUAUCAAAUGUUGGCUGGUUUAACUAAAGAUGAACGAGCCAAACUCAACUUGGAAGGUUAUAAUGUAAAUAAUUUACGAUACUUAAAUAGAGGUGAUACAAGUCAAAAUGAAGUGGAAGAUGCUGUCCGAUUUGAAGCCUGGAAGACUGCACUUUCUGUCUUGGGAAUACCCUUUAUGGAUGUUGUCCGAGUUUUAUCGGCAAUCCUUUUACUUGGUAAUAUUAAAUUCAACGAUGGUCAAAGGCACAAUCCCGUCUUAUUGGACAGUUCAAAUAUUGGUUUUCUUGAUUCUAAAGCCAGUAAUGAGAUAAAAGCUGUUGCCUCACUUUUAGGAAUCUCAAGUGUUGCUUUGUAUCGAGGUUUAACGACAAGAACUCAGAAUGUCCGUGGUCAAUUGAUUAAAUCAGUCUGUGAUGGACUUACUGCUUCCAAAACAAGAGAUGGACUUGCUAAGGCUCUUUAUUGUCGUACAGUUGCCACCAUUGUUAGAAGGGCAAAUAGCUUGAAACGAAUUGGAUCAACAUGUGGAACAAUGUCUUCGGAUUCAAACGAGUCAAUUCAAAAUCAAAUUGAAACUGGUUCACAUCAUGCUUCCACUGUUGGUUCCAGUGGUGCUAAGUCACAUAAAUCACUCAAUGUCCUUAAUUCAGCAGUUAGACAUGCGACUGAUGGUUUCAUUGGUAUCCUGGACAUGUUUGGUUUUGAAGAUGCCCAUCCCAGUCAUUUGGAGCAUCUUUGUAUUAAUCUGUGUGCUGAGACAAUGCAACAUUAUUACAAUACAAUAAUAUUCAAGACAAGCAUGGAAUCAUGUCAAGAAGAAGGUGUCUCGACCGAUUUUCAAGUUGAUUAUGUUGAUAAUGUUCCUUGCAUUGAUUUCAUCUCAUCUUUGAGAACUGGACUCUUGGAGAUGCUUGACGUUGAAACAUUUCUUAAAGGAACACCUGAAUCAUAUGUGGCCAAAAUUAAAGCUCAACAUUACGGUUGUUCAAGAUAUUUUCAUGUAGACAGAGACUAUGAAAGUCUGGGUAACAAAUUAAAAAAUGUAAAUGUAAUUGACAAGAUUGCCAAAGAAAACUUGGAAAACAACAGUCUAUCCAACAAUAACAAUGAGACUCACAAUCAUCACCCGAAUCAUCAUCAAUCCAACAAUAAUCUGAAAAAUAAUAAAAACAUCGCUAAUAACAACAACAAUAAUAACAAUAAUAAUAACUACAACAAUCUCAAUAACAAUAAUGAUGAAAAAUUGAGCCGAUUUUUUGGUGUCCGUCAUUUUGCUGGGAAUGUUGUCUAUGAUACAAAUGAUUUUAUUGAAGCUAAUCGUGAUACUAUUCCUGAUGAUAUUGUUUCCGUUUUCCAUAAGUCAUCAUGCACAUUUGGCUUUGCCUCACACCUUUUUGGUAUCGAAUUAAAGGCGCUUUUUGCCCGUGAUCAAGCUCCAUGUGGACUUAAAUUCAGAAUCUCACCCACCAGUCACAAUAAUUUGCAACAUGGAAAUGAUAUAACAACCACUUUAACACAAGAUUUUCAUACAAGAUUGGAUAAUUUAUUACGUACCAUAGUCCAUGCUAAACCUCAUUUUAUCCGCUGUAUCAAGAGUAAUAAUAAAGAGCAACCAAGCUAUUUUGAUCGCCCAGUUGUGAUGAAACAAAUAAGAUCUCUUCAAGUGUUGGAAACGCUAAAUCUAAUGGCCUGUGGUUUACCUCAUCGAAUGAGAUUUAGAGCUUUUACAAUGAGAUAUCGAUGCAUUGGUCCAUUAAGGAGACUCAAAAAAGUUGAUGAUAAAAGUAGUGCUGAAGAUUGUAAAGUUCUUUUAGAUAGUUUUACAUCUGCUUUGGAACAAUUUGACUCAAUAACACCAUCAACCAAUUCAUGGGCAAUUGGAAAGCGACACGUAUUUCUCAGUGAAGGAGCUCGUCAACAAUUAGAAUUACUUAGAAAUGCUAAACGUAAUUAUGCUGCUGUUAUUAUUCAAGCUGCCUGGAGAGGCUGGAGUCAACGUAAAAGAUGGCCAAUAAUGGUUAACAACAACAGUUUAAUAAAAAUGGUCAAUGGUGGUAUGAGUAAUGGUAAACGGUAUUUGGGUAAAUCAGGUUCAACCCAUUCAACCAUUAAUCAUCAUGGUCUAUCAACUAUUAAACCCUCCGGUUUAUUAUCAACUAGUCUAAGUGGCCUCAAUCGACCUCGUCCCCAACCAAUAACUGGUACACCGCCACCUGAGCCCUGUGGGGCCAAAAUAAUUGCCCAUACUUGUUCACUUUUUGGUCUUGAUUUGCAACGUCCUCCUCCAGUUCCACCAAGUAGGCCUUACACCGUAGCUGGUAAUACCAAACUUGGAUAUCCUCAAACUCGAACCAUGAAACUUGAUUAUCCAGAAGUUCCAACUGGAUCGGAGCCUCAAUUGUUAAAAGGAGAAGUCGUUUUAGUGAUUGGAGCCUCAGCUAAACGUGGAUACUUGAUUGUUGAACAUUCCGGUCACACAUUCCAUGUUCCAUAUCAAUACAUGGAAUUCAAAUCUUACCCAUCAAUUGCCGCUGUUACCUCUCCACCAGCCAGUCUUUGAUAAAGGAAUUGAAUUAAUUGAGAGAAAUGUACAAAAAGCCAAAAUUGCCAUGAAAAUGUUAAAUCAAGACAUCAAAUGUCGUGAAUCCAAAAAUUGAUUUGGCCAAAUCAAGAAAAAAAUAAAUAUAUUUUUCAAACCCCUACAAA